GAUUCACAUGCGCUCUUGGCUUAGACACGGCUCAUAUGUAUAAGAAGAUGCCUCUGUCCUUUGUUCUUGAGGGCAGCAGCUCGUAUCCAAGUCCAUAUUCCCUGACGCGAUAGCAAACUUGAUCCAAAAUGCUUCCCUCUUUUCUCCUCACAUCGCUGCUGUGCCUCUCCACAGUCUCAGCUCUGCCCAACCCAAUUAUCGCUGAGAGAGCAGCCUGCGAUUGUACCGGCACUCGCGACGGUGGAUCCAGCUCCAAAGAUUACAUCUGCCGUGAUGCUCGGCUCGGCCCUACGAAGCUUCCAAAGAAGCUCCCGCUGAGCGCAACCGUGGAGAGCUACAACCGCUUCGGUGGCCUUACACCAAUUCAAUUCCUCCAGACAUGGACAGACGAGAAGGGCAACUACAAAUACCCUCCGCAGAAUGGCUUCCAGCUUGACGCGAAUGGCAAUGCCAUCAAUGGCAGCAUGGUUCUCCAGGUCGGAACUCUCGUAGAUCGAUUUGGAAGCGAAUACGGAUCAUACGUCUCUGCUGCCUCUGCUCCCUACUCGCAAAGAGCUCUCCCUCCUUCAAACUUGGCUACAAACCCCGAUACUCCAGACUUCCCGUACAACUACCACGUCUACCGGGUCAUCAAGCCUCUUACAGUGGUUGGAGGACCUAUCGCGCCUUGGUUUGGCCAGCCCGGUCUCGGAGCGCAGUUCUUCACUGGCGAAACUGGUAAUGUCAAGUUUUUGAUUGAGCAAAACUAUUUGCAGAAGGAGGAUCCGUCAGCUCUUGUUUACAAGUCUGAUGGUUGCGCAUGAUUAUUUGGGGUUUGAUUGAGGCGGACUUCAUGUAAUGAUCUUACGACGAACGACUUAUGGAUACGUCAGUCUAUUCGAGUAGAUAAUGUCAACCGGGAACAAUACCAUCGCUUUUAAGUGUUCCAUUCA